ACCUCUGUUUAGGAGAGUACAAAGACUGGGUACUAGUCAAGUAGUGUUCCACUUCUAUCAAAUACAUUCAACAUGAACUUCACACUUUACUURUGUKUGRCUGCCGUGURUUUUGUAACAGUGAGCAAAGCCUGCUCUUGUUACAGACGCCGAGAUACGUCAACGCCAGAGUUUUUAUGCUGUAACGAUWACGUUUUGCGAGGUACAGUCGUAAAGAGUGUUGUGACGGGAAACAUAUCAAGGCCAUUAAGGCAAAGAAGAGUGUUCACGGUGARAGUCCAUGAAAUCUUUAAAGGAAAAGAGAAAAUYAAAGAGAUAGCUGGUGAUACAUCGCACGUAAACAUUUCUACAGCUGUUUUUGAUGGAGAUUGUGGAACAGACAUCCCAUUAAACAAAGAUUACUUCAUCUCAGGUACUUUUUGGCCGAAAAACGAAAUAUCAAACUAUCUGUGUAGAAGUUGGAACGUUGAAUGGGGUAGUGUUAAACAGUCAUUCAAAGACUUCACACCAAAGCUCAAGACCUGCCUUUGUGGAGUUAGUUGUCUCUUGCCAUUACAGACUUUAGUUGCACUAGCAGUAAUCACUUGUAUUCUUAACUAUUCAUAGAUACAGUCAUGGACAGUGUAUAGUUGUCUGGUAUCCUUACAGACCUUAAUAGCAGCACUCACUGGUAUUCUUAACUAUUCAUAGAUACAGUCAUGGACAGUGUAUAGUUGUCUGGUAUCCUUACAGACCUUAAUAGCGGCACUCACUGGUAUUCUUAACUAUUCAUAGAUACAGUUAUAGACAUGUAGAACUGUCUGUUAUUAUUAGACCCUUAUAGCACUGUCAUCCGACUACUCAGAAGUCAAUAAAAACUUUGUAAAAACUAAACACGAUCAACUGCAGGACCUUAGCCAAGGGGAAACAGGCAGUGCAUGUCUGGCAUGUGCAAACCUCCAAUAAAAGCUAGAGACCCACUCAA